GCGCUGCUCGGCGCAUGCGCAGCUCCGCAAUGCGGGUGGUGGUGGGUGGUGGGACAGGCUUCGUGGGCAGAGCCCUGACCCAGCUGCUGCGGAGCCGAGGGCACCAAGUGACCCAUGUGUCGCGACGAGGGGGCAAGGAUCGGAUCAGCUGGGAAGAGCUGUCCCGCUCUGGGCUGCCCCCGUGUGAUGCUGUGGUCAACUUGGCUGGUGAAAAUGUCCUCAACCCUUUCCGCAGAUGGGGUGAUGCCUUCUGCAGGGAGGUCACCAGCAGCCGGGUGGAGACCACGAAGACCUUGGCCAAAGCCAUUGCUGCUGCUGAACAGCCCCCCCGUGCCUGGGUCCUCGUCACUGGCGUAGGUUAUUACCGCCCCAGCCCCACAGCUGAGUACACUGAAGACAGUCCAGGAGGGGAUUUUGACUUCUUCUCACGCCUGGUGAGCUCGUGGGAGGCUGCAGCUCUCAUCCCUGGGAGCCCAACUCGUGGUGUUGUGGUGAGAUCAGGUGUAGUGCUGGGUCGAGAUGGUGGUGCAAUCUCUCAGAUGCUCUUGCCUUUCCGUCUGGGACUUGGAGGCCCUAUGGGCUCUGGACUCCAGCCCUUCCCAUGGAUCCACAUUCAGGACCUGGCUGGGAUUUUGUGUCAUGCCCUGGAGAAAGAGUCUGUGCAAGGCAUCCUCAAUGGUGUUGCCCCAUCCUCCCCUGGCACCUCCAAUGGCACCUUUGCUCAGGAGCUGGCGGCAGCCCUGGGGCGCCCGGCCCUGUUGCUGGUGCCUGCCUGGGCUGUGCGGGCUGUCUUUGGGGCAGAGCGGGCGGUCAUGCUGCUGGAGGGACAGAGGGUGCUGCCCAAACGCACUCUGGAGAGCGGCUACCACUUCAUCUUCCCUGAGCUGCCUGCAGCUCUGAAGGACAUUGUGGCUUAAGGCCUCCCCAGUUGGGCUGGGCUGGGCCCUGUUUGUGUGAGCUCCCAUGCCUUCCCAUGAAAGAGGGGAGCCCUGCCCCUUGAUGCUUCCCCAUCCCCCCUACAAGAAAGGGUGAGAAAAGGGGUCCUUUUCCCCUGUAUCUCCCUGUGUGCAUCCCCAGUUUAGGAGUCAUCCCUCUUACUGCCACUUGAAUCUCAACAUCACCUGCAUUUGGGGAAAGGAAGGCAUGAGCCCCUCAAAGGAUUGUGACUGUGGAAUUGCCCAUCUUCCCUUUUGCAUGGUGUUUUUGUGUGAGCUGCUGGCAAAGCAGCUGGGGGUGUAAUGUCUUCUUCCUGAGAGAUGUGGCAGCAGGAAACAGGUCCUAAUGCUGUUGUGAUUCUUCCAUGGUACUGGAAGUCACCCUUCCUGUUUUUCCUCAUGAUGACACAGGCAAAGCAGAAGAGCAUAAGUGUCUUUCUAGGUCUUGGUGGUUGUGGGAGAAGAUCCAUCUUAGGGUGCUGCAUACAGAUUGCUUGGAGACUCUGCCCUCUCUUGUGUCUGGUACCAGGCUGAUGUGUCAGUACCUUCAGCUGAAUCUAGUCCAAAGAGUUACACCCUUCUAGGGUUCCAGGCCCCUUGUGCUAUGGCAGGGACACUGCUUUGCCAGGCUGUAGGGAAAAGGGUGGCAAUCAGACUGUGCCCCCUUUAGCCUUAGCUACAUGCCUGUUACAUCUAAGCUUGUGCUGGAGAGCUGGGUGGUGCAUCAUUGUGUGAGGUACAAGUACAGUACAAGUCACAGCGUUAGUCUAAAGGAAGAUUUCAGCUAUUGCCUUCAUUGUGCUUACCUCAAAUCAGGGUGGUUUUCUUUUAUUGAUCCCAUGAGGUGGUGCUUGUGUUCAGGGUGUUCCCCCUGACUACACACAGAAUAUCCAAGCUGCCUGCUCUGCCCUGGGGAGCAGUACCUCUACCCUUGUAAAGCAGAUUGCAAUUCCAUCAUCUCACAGUGGCAGGAAAUGUAUCCACAUGCUUCCCUUGACCCACUUCCACAGCCUAAAGUGGGUUGCAGGUUGUGAAGUCCACAGAGCUGCGAAGUUUAUUAUAGCAGUACUUCUGGAGAGACAUUCCUACUGUGAUGUAAGUUAGGGCUAGAAAAUUGUAUUAAAAGGCACUUCAGGCAGAUAAAGACCUACUCUUUACCAUCCAGAGCAGCAGCAGUCCAUGUAUUUUUGGUUUAUGCCAUGCUAUAGUCAGAUUAGCUGAAGGAUCAGUCUUGGUGAAGUCUAGAUGUCCCACUCUCCUGACUCUUUGCUCAUAAAUACUGGAGACAGAAUGGCAAUGUGCUGGCUUUCCAGGCAGGAAAAAUAGAGUGGGACUGCAGAUGGAACUGGACAUAGUCCUUGGAGUUAGUGUAAGCACAGCCAGGUGAAGUGGGACUUUGGGAGUAGUCAUAAAAGCAAAAUGGUUUGAGACACAUGUGGGUUUCUUGGACUGUGUCUUUGCUGCCUGUAAGUUAGGUGCAGCUUCCUUCCUCUUCCCAAGAGCUUCAGUUUUCUGUGAGAGUAGGCUGACAUACUCUGAGAUACAGACCCAGUUCCUUGUGGGCCAGUACCAUGGGGACAGUCAGCAGUGCUGCUUUAGUUAUUUCAGCUGAGUAUUUAGAGCUUCAGAGCUUCCCCAGAUGUUGUGGUCUGUAGCAUCCUUCUGUCAGUCAGGCAGGCCCAGUUAGGUUGUUGCUGUACCUGUAUAAACCUUGAUGAUUGCAAUGGGUUGUGAUUGUAAAUGAGAACAAGUGUUUUUGGAGAACCGCCAUCUUCAGCUCUUCUGAAAGAGGUGUUUGUAUCCCACAGAGGGCUGACACUAGGCAGAGUUCCCAGGCCUUGGACUCACUGUCUGGAUGUGUAACUCACUCAGGACGUUUGAAAAGUUGCCUCUGUAUGAUGUUUGGCUUAAAUAUAUGACAGGUUUAAAUGA